GGUUCCGCUGCGCUCGGGCUCGCCCCGCGGCCAUGCAGCGCCGGGGCGCCCUUUUCAGCGUGCCGGGCGGCAGAGGCAGCAGGAAGAUGGCUGCAGGAGACAUCGGCGAGCUGCUGGUGCCCCACAUGCCCACGAUCCGAGUGCCCAGGUCCGGGGACAGGGUCUACAAGAAUGAGUGCGCCUUCUCCUACGACUCCCCCAAUUCUGAAGGUGGACUCUAUGUAUGCAUGAAUACAUUUUUGGCCUUUGGGAGGGAACACGUUGAAAGACAUUUUCGAAAAACUGGACAGAGCGUAUACAUGCACCUGAAAAGACACGUGCGAGAGAAGGUAAGAGGGGCAUCUGGUGGAGCUUUACCAAAAAGAAGGAAUUCCAAGAUUUUUUUAGAUCUAGAUACUGAUGAUGAUUUGAAUAGCGAUGAUUAUGAUUAUGAAGACGAAGCCAAACUCGUUAUAUUCCCAGACCACUAUGAAAUAGCACUACCCAAUAUUGAGGAGUUACCAGCCUUGGUAACAAUUGCUUGUGAUGCUGUUCUUAGUUCAAAAUCUCCGUACAGAAAGCAAGACCCAGACACAUGGGAAAAUGAAUUGCCAGUAUCCAAGUACGCCAAUAACCUGACCCAGCUGGACAACGGAGUCAGGAUUCCUCCAAGUGGCUGGAAGUGUGCCAGGUGUGACCUGCGGGAAAACCUCUGGUUGAAUCUGACCGACGGCUCCAUCCUGUGUGGGAAGUGGUUCUUUGACAGCUCCGGGGGCAAUGGGCAUGCUCUGGAGCAUUACAGAGACAUGGGCUACCCGCUGGCUGUGAAACUGGGAACCAUCACUCCGGACGGGGCAGAUGUUUAUUCUUUUCAAGAAGAGGAACCUGUUUUAGACCCUCAUUUGGCCAAGCACUUAGCACAUUUUGGAAUUGACAUGCUUCACACGUGUGGGACAGAGAACGGGCUCCAGGACAAUGACAUCAAUGACAUCAAACCGAGGGUCAGCGAGUGGGAAGUCAUUCAGGAGUCGGGGACGAAGCUGAAGCCCAUGUAUGGCCCCGGGUACACAGGUCUGAAGAACCUGGGCAACAGCUGCUAUCUCAGCUCCGUCAUGCAGGCCAUCUUCAGCAUCCCAGAGUUUCAGAGGGCGUAUGUAGGAAACCUUCCAAGAAUAUUUGACUACUCUCCUUUAGAUCCAACGCAGGAUUUCAACACACAGAUGACUAAGUUAGGACACGGCCUUCUCUCAGGCCAGUAUUCAAAACCGCCAGUGAAAUCUGAGCUCAUUGAACAGGUGAUUAAAGAGGAUCACAAGCCUCAACAGAAUGGGAUCUCUCCACGCAUGUUUAAGGCCUUCGUAAGCAAGAGCCACCCAGAAUUCUCGUCGAAUAGACAACAAGAUGCCCAGGAGUUUUUCUUGCACCUGGUGAACCUAGUAGAGAGGCACCGCAUCGGCUCAGAAAACCCAAGUGAUGUUUUCCGGUUUUUGGUGGAAGAACGUAUUCAGUGCUGUCAGACCCGCAAAGUCCGUUACACAGAGAGGGUGGACUACCUGAUGCAGUUACCUGUGGCCAUGGAGGCAGCAACCAACAAAGAUGAACUGAUUGCCUAUGAAUUAACGAGAAGGGAAGCAGAAACAAACAGAAGACCCCUGCCCGAGCUGGUUCGAGCCAAGAUACCAUUUAGUGCCUGCCUUCAGGCCUAUUCGGAACCAGAAAAUGUGGACGAUUUCUGGAGCAGUGCUCUACAAGCAAAGUCUGCGGGUGUGAAAACAUCCCGCUUUGCCUCCUUCCCUGAAUACUUGGUAGUGCAGAUAAAGAAGUUCACUUUUGGUCUUGACUGGGUUCCCAAAAAAUUUGACGUUUCUAUUGACAUGCCAGACCUACUUGAUAUCAACCAUCUUCGAGCCAGGGGGUUACAGCCAGGAGAGGAGGAACUUCCAGACAUCAGCCCCCCCAUUGUCAUUCCUGAUGACUCCAAAGAUCGCCUGAUGAACCAACUGAUAGACCCAUCAGACAUCGAUGAGUCUUCAGUGAUGCAGCUGGCUGAAAUGGGCUUCCCUCUAGAAGCCUGUCGGAAGGCUGUGUACUUUACUGGAAAUAUGGGAGCCGAGGUGGCCUUCAACUGGAUCAUUAUUCACAUGGAAGAGCCGGAUUUUGCUGAACCACUGACCAUACCUGGCUACGGAGGAGCAGCUUCUGCUGGAGCGUCAGCUUUCGGUGCUACUGGUUUGGAUAACAAGCCUCCAGAGGAAAUUGUAGCCAUCAUCACCUCCAUGGGGUUCCAGCGAAAUCAGGCUGUUCAGGCACUCCGAGCAACGAAUCAUAACCUGGAAAGAGCCCUGGAUUGGAUCUUCGGUCACCCUGAGUUUGAAGAGGACAGCGACUUUGUGAUUGGGAUGGAGAAUAAUGCCAAUGCAAACAUUAUUUCUGAGGCCAAGCCUGAAGGACCUAGAGUCAAGGAUGGAUCUGGAACAUAUGAAUUAUUUGCAUUCAUCAGUCACAUGGGAACGUCUACAAUGAGUGGCCAUUAUGUUUGCCAUAUCAAAAAGGAAGGAAGGUGGGUGAUCUACAAUGACCACAAAGUUUGCGCCUCAGAAAGACCCCCCAAAGACCUGGGCUACUUGUACUUUUACUGCAGGAUACCAACCUAAACCUCACACACAUAAAAUCGGCAAGAGAAGCCAUAUGCCUUUUUAAUUUGCCAAAAAAGAAAAAAGUAAGAAGUUGGGACAGCCAGAUAUGAAGGAAUACAUUGGGUAUUUAUAGUGUAUUUAAAGAGCACGAUCGUUUGACGCCUUCUGAAGAAAUUUCUAUUAAUGAUGAGACACUACCGUAGAUAGUUUUUGUAAAUGUUCAAGGAGAGGAUGAUUUACAAAAAAAAAAAGUAUUCAUAUUGCUGGUGGGGGUCCACCUCCAGUGUAUCACAACUGGGAAUGUACCGCCAGCCCUCUCCACCGCUGUUGUGGCCUCGAGAGAAACCAGUUAAUGUGGCCAGAGUGCGGCUUCACCAACCAUCAGCGAAAAGCCCGCUUUUGUUUCAUAUCAAAAAUCAGCCACUGGGCUAGGCUCUAUUUGUGACACAUUUUUUUUUUUUCAUUACACACAAUAAUUUCUGACCUCUCUGUGUAUAAUAAGAGCAUCUGCAAUGAAAGAUAUUUUUUGUUUAAAUCAUAUCAGAAUUCAUAAUAUGAUUGUGUGAAUGUGUGUGAAUGAAAAAGAGAGUGUGAGAUCUUUAUAGUCAACUAGAAAAUCUGUGAUGGAUUGGUUUUUAAAGGCUAAAACAGUAUUAAGUGUAGCUGGAAAAAAGCAAGAAAAUAUUUUAAAGAAACUAUAACUCAGGAACAGUUUUAAAAAUUAGUUUCCCAGUUAGAUUUAAGGAAAAGGGCUGAGUUAUCCCUUUAAGUGCUGUGAAGAAGUCACUUAGGUUUGUGACACUCGAUGGUAUAACACCAGAUGUCCACAGCAGCACAGUGUUGUACUUUGCCAAAGGUAGAUGAAUUCCGUUUCUUAGCAACCCUUCUCCCAAAAGUUAGAGUGUUCGUUUUUGGUUAAAUCAGCCGAUUUCUUCUUAUCAUAACACAUGACAGCUUCCUGGAAUCAUGUUCUCUGCCCCAACUUUGUUGGUCAUUUUCCCGUCUCUGAGCUCUUUGCUGCCUCCAUUUCCGUGUUUUCCGGGGCUGAGUCUUGUCUCUACCCUUCUCGUUUUAUUGCCUCCUGAUUUGCCUUCCAGGGCCUGGUGGCACAGUGGUUAUGUGUUUGGCAUUAACCAAAAGGUCGGCAGUUCAAACCUACCAGCCACUCUUUGGAAACUCUAUGGGGGCAGUUUUGCUCUGUCUUAUAGGGCUGCUAUGAGUCAGAAUCGACUCGAUGGCAACGAGUUUGUUUGUUUUUGACUUGCCUUCAAUGCUUAUCUGCUGUGAUCAACAAUUGGAUCUUGGACACUUUAAGGAUUUCAGAUACAAAGAAACUUUACAUGACAUCAUGGAAAACCAUUCUUUUCAUUUUGGUAUUUUAGCAUUUUAGAUGCAACCUGGGAUUCGAUCAGAAUUUCAAAUGUGAUUUAAGAAAAAAUUGGAACAGUAGCAUCCUAUAAUUUUCCUGCUACUCUGCACCAAAUUCCAGGGCCUCUCAAGUUUCUGUUUCAGAUUAUUAAGUCAAAUGAAAAAAACAGGAUUUAUUGCUGACUGCUUAAUGUGUAUUUGGUUGAAAGACUCUUUCUAGAAGACUGUAGGAGAAUAAUGUAAAACCAAUUGUGUGAAAUAAAGCAUGGUGGAUCCUGA